AUGUCCCCUCCCGAAGCCCCCACCCAGUGUCGGGAGGGACAGAGGUCCAGGCAUGUGCUAGCCAGAUUGAGAGGUGGACUCUCCCCCUCCGUCCCCCAUCUCAUCCCCCUGUCCCUCCACGGAAGUGACAUCGAUGGAGAUCUCAACGAAAGUAAGGAAACCAAAGCCGAUGACAGCAGCUUUGCCAGUAACGACGACGAUUCGUGUAAAAAGCUGGAAGAUAAAUCAAGAGGCAAAUCAAACGUGGUAAAACCUCCUUAUUCCUAUAUCGCUUUGAUUACCAUGUCUAUCCUGCAGUCACCGAGAAAACGGCUCACAUUGUCAGGAAUAUGUGAAUUCAUUAUGAACAGAUUCCCCUAUUACAGGGAGAAAUUCCCUGCCUGGCAAAACAGCAUCAGGCAUAACCUCUCCCUCAAUGACUGUUUUGUGAAAAUUCCCCGUGAACCGGGAAAUCCCGGAAAGGGAAACUACUGGACCCUGGACCCCGCCAGUGAGGACAUGUUCGACAACGGCAGCUUCCUACGACGACGAAAGCGGUACAAACGACAUACACCCGAUAUGAUGCAGCAACCGACAGCGUUCAUGUCUGGGGCCGACCCGUACUUCCAUCACCACAGUCUCCUCGCUGCCCACGCCCACCCAGCGGCCUUCGGAGCGUCCCCCACGGGCCUCCCGUACCCCUACAUGUCCCCACUGUCGCAUCAUUUCUCCUUCCUCCCGGGGGACUACGCGCGGUCUCAUCUACAGCAUUCAGCCUACUUGUCGGCGGGGUUGAAUCCAAAUGCGUUGGGGCUACCGAGUUCAGGUACAUCGAGUCAGUUAAAAAAGCUGGAAUCUUUGGAAAAACCGGAAAAGCCACCAAGUUCAAGUUCGUCUAAACCUGGGUUUUCUAUAGACAGUAUAAUAGGGACAAGUUCGUCGUCUUCAUCCGCUUCACUCAAUAGUGCAAAUAGUAAACCUAUUAUUUCAUCAUCUUUAGCACCUUCAUCAAUGCAAUCGUUGAGACCAAGUCUAUCAACGGGGCUGCCCUCCCUGGCCCUACCACACUCCCUGGCAUCUUUCAGGACCGGGGGCAUCAUGGACGUACCUCGGCCCGGGGGUAGUGCAUUUUCUCCGCUGGCCGGGGCAAUGUCAGCAAUGACACCACUUGACUUAGAAAAGUAUCGUCAAUAUGUGCAAGCAUGUGCCAUACCUACCUGGCCGCGGUAAACUUCAAAGAGAACGCUCAGGUGUUCAGUAAAUUUGAAAACUUUGAUCUCGUGAGAUUCAGUGGCCAAGCCGGGUCCGACCCGACUCUUGGACCCCCAAGUCCGGAGAGUGACCGCAGAGUGCUAAAGAUUAGCGGUGGAUCAAGCUAAGAUGGGACUAAUUGGCAAGGGAUGAAGUGGUGAACAUUUUCUACAUUCCUUUCUGGAAGCAUAUGUGCAAAUACUGUUCCGAUAUGUACAAGGCCGUUUUUGCAAUUGACAUGAGAACCAAAAUGCCAAAGACAAUUUAUGUGACUGAAAUCAGUGUUUGUUCUGUGACUGUCACGGUGUUUGUAAGUAACUUGUUUAUUUCUACCCUUAUCUAUAUCAAUCGUUGAUAACGUGCCGUAGACGGCUCUUUCAGUGGCGAUCACUUGUCAGUUUCACGUGUUCAUGUCACGCGAUGAAAUGCAUUGCAAUAUAUGUUAGUUACAAUCUAGUCGGAAGUUAUACGCUUAGAAAUUGACACUUUAAUACUUGUCUAGAGUUUGUCGAAACAUUUAUGGACACUUUCUCAUGUUUGUCGUUCGGAGGUUUUUGUUUCAAAUAGUAUUUAAAUUCAAAUAUUCGUUGAAUUUCCACUUUCAUCUGCCGUAAUGUAUGUGUGUAUGGAUGAUAGAAACUUACCUCAGAUCAUGUUGUAUACCAGCGAAAUAGUCGAGGGAAAAUGUGCUUUCAUAGCUGAAUUACAAUCAAAAUGUUUAUUCGUGUAAAUUGUAUAGAUAAUUUAAAAUUGAUUACAAGUGCUGUGACAUGUACAAACUGCCAGUACAAUAA